GUAGGCACCUUUAGGCGAUAUUUUCACAUAACCUAUAUUCGUGAUCUGUGCAAUGGUGCGAAUUUGUUUUUUGUGUCAGAAAAAGGCAGCAAAGGAUGGAAAUUUUGCAAUGCACAAAUUUCCAAAAGAGGUGAGCAUUCGGGCACAGUGGUUGCAUGCCUGCAAAUUAUCUGACAAGGACAAUGUGAUGUAUAUACACAUUUGCUCCGAUCACUUUGUACCGAGUGAUUAUAAAAAUAGCAUAGAACUGUGUUGCAGAAAGUGGUUAUUGAAACCAGGAGCAGUGCCUUCCAUUAAUGUUCCAAAUUCUCCAGCUGCCAAACUGCAGUUCCAGUCAACAUCUGAGAAUAUAAUUGAUGAAACACGAUCAAUGCCUUCUAUUGAUAUUCCUCCAGCUUCCACAUUAGUUAUUCCUAAUGUAGGGGAACUGGAGUUUCCGUCAACAUUCAAGAAUGUGAUGGAUAAUCAUAUAUUAUCUCAAGACAUUUUAGAUAAUCAUCGCAGUCAGUUGUGCAAAAAUAUUAUAGAAUUAUACCUUAACAUUCGAUUAUUUUACGAAGCCCAUAAAAUAUCUGAAAAAGAAGUUUAUCUUUGAAAUAAAUACACAAAAUUAAUA